AUGUCACAAUCGAAGGAACUUGGGACGCUAGUCGUUGUCAUCCUCAAGGCUCGUCAUCUGCACCAACCUUCUUUCUACAAGCAAGACCCAUAUGCGCAAGCAACCCUUUCGGGCCAGACUCAACAAACUAAGCCAGAUCCCAAGGGCGGGCAACAUCCUGUGUGGGACGAAGAAUUCCGCUUUCCGGUCCUUGUAGAUCUUGGAAAGGACAAGAUCAACAGAAAACUGGAAGUGUCUUGUUGGAAGCAUGAGCCUAAAUCUGAGGACAAGCUCUUAGGCAAAGGGAUUGUCGAUAUUGAAUCGACUUUGAAAACGGGUGAAUUCGAUGACUGGGUUCCCCUCGAAACCUCAGGCGGAGCGAGAGGCGAGUUAUAUCUUGAGAUGACAUUCUAUGCAAAUGGUCCUCCUCCUCUUAAUCGUCGUCCAUCGAAGAUCAAACAAUCAGAUCGUCUCACACGGCCGCAGUCGUCAACCACAGGCCUCAUCGCUAUCCCCUUCGCCCCAUGGCCGACAGUCCCCGAAGAGCAAGACUGA